AUGAUUCAGACGGCGCGGAUGAACGCUGCCGCGUCUGGCGGCGCCCUGCGGCCCGCGUGGAGCAGUGCCCGGUCGCCAGGCGCACUCCGCAGGGCCGUGCCGGCGGGCUUCGGGCGCGGCGCUCGCCUGGUUGCGCGCGCGGCGUUCGAUGAGGCGUCCAAGAGCCAGGCGCAGGCGCAGCAGGUCAACUGGGGCCCCGCGACCGUGAUCGAGAACCGCGCCGAGAGCGCCGACGGAUCCCUGCGGACCCUCGUGCUCAGCGUUGAGGACAACCAGGCCCUCAUGUCGGGGCGCUCCUUCACGGCCCGCAAGCGCGCCCCGCGCUGGAUCGACGGGUACACCGCCCCGGGGCAGUUCAUCGCGAUGCGGCCCACGGGGGAUGAGCCCGCGCCGCAGCACCUCGGCCCGUCCACCGCGCACCGCCAGCACGUGCCCAUCGCCACGUCGCCCUACGAGUCGCGGUCGCGCAGCGCCCAGCUCGACGCCGCGAUCGUGGAGGUCCUCGUGGACCGCCACAUGACGGACGCGGCGCGCGGGCCGGACGCACGUCUCGCGGAUUUGGGCCCCGGGGGACUGGUGGAGGUGGCGGGGGAGUUGCGCGGCGCGGGCUUCGCGAGCCUCCUCGCCGCCGACGUGUCCCUCUCCGACGCCCUCGAAAACGGCUGGCCGCUCCUCAUCAUCGGCGCCGGAGCCAGGGGCGCGGCUCCGAUCCGCGCGGCGAUGGAGUGGGCUCCCCUCCAGGCGCAUGCCGGCAGCCACCCGGUGCACGCAUACCUCGUGUCGGAGUCGCCCGCGCGCGCGCCGUACCUGAAGAACUGGGAGGAGUGGCGCGAGUCCGGCGCCGUCGUCAACCCGCUCUACACGGAGCAGUACAACUACGACGAGGGGGUGUGGGACGAUGUCGGUCUGCCUGCCGACCUGCAAAAACUCCCCUCCGCGGAGACGCGGCACCUGUACUCGAUGCUCAAGACGGCGCUGUUCGGCGGCGAGAAGGGCCUGGAGGGCUGUCUGGGCUGUCCGCCGUACAACGCGGCCGUGCUGCUGGCGGGCGUGCCCGGGCCCGUCGCCGCGCAGCUGCAGCACCGGCUGGUUGCGGCCGGCGUGCAGCGCGAGCGCAUCAUGUUCUGCGAGUUCUUCUGA